AUGCUGAAGAGAUCUUUUGGUUUCAAGGAUCGUGCCGGCAAGGCUACGAAGCACGUCAAGAGAUCCUUCCGUGAUGAUGCGAAGCUGAAGUUGAUGGAACAGCUUGCUCAACCGUCCAGUCCGCCUAGUGCUGUGCUCAACAGUGCCAUAGUCACUAUAGUGGUAGGCAAGGACCAACGCUUGUUCGCUGCCCACGAGAAUGUCCUCGAAGCCUCGCCCUUUUUCCAAUCGGCAGCCAAGGACGCCCUCUACACUUCGUCUUCCUCAUCUCGCCGCAUCUUCCUCCCCGACGAGGAAGCAGAGAUCUUCUCCGCUGUCCUCGAGUUCAUGUACAAGGGUGAUUACUUCCCGCGUCUACUCCACGACCGCAGAAGAAACACCUGGGUUCUUGAAUCUGUGGACGAGUGUUCUUCCCUCUCCCCCAAAUACCAGGGCAGGGGUGAUGCGACUACCGUGACCACAUUCAGUUCGAAAGUCAAUGGCCUGAUCUUGCGAGACACAGCUAUUUAUUGCCUGGCCGAGAAAUUCGGCCUCGAAGAGCUCAAGAAGCUUUCUUUGCGUAAACAAGGAUUGCAGUCGGGUAUCGAGGUUGCUACUAUCCUCCGCAGUGCAAGAUUUGCCUAUGACAACACUCCAGAAACUGAUUCUCGUCUCCGUGCACAUUACCUCGCUUUGAUCAUCCGCAGUCGCAAUACCUUUAGGCGCAGUGGCACUAUGCAAGUCGAGAUGGAGAGUGGUGGACGCAUGUUCUUUGAUCUAUUCGUUGCCAUGGCGAACCACAUUGACGACUUGACAGAGCUGAAGAGCACUCGUUCUCCUCCUCGUGUCGUCUGA